AUGGAGCCAGCAAAAGAUGAAGCUUCAGCGUCACAAGCCCCACCGUCCCUUGAAGAAGGAAGGCACAAGGCUUCUCCGAAACCCCAAGCUACCAUCACCGACUGGGACGGUCCAGAUGAUGCUGGAAACCCCCAAAACUGGGGCUCGGCCAAAAAAAUCUAUGCAACGAUGGUACCAGCGCUAUAUGCGUUCACUGUGCUCCUCGGUGCUUCAGUUUACACUCCCGGGAUAUCCCAAAUAUCUUCGAAAUUCGACGUUAGCAGGACUGCAGCAGUGCUCGGAUUCAGUCUAUUUGCGGAAGGACUAGCAUUUGGGCCCAUGAUUGGGGCGCCUAUCUCAGAAACCUUUGGCCGAAGAGCAAUUUAUCUCAUCAGUCUGCCUGUCUCAAUCCUGUUCACAAUGGCUACGGGCCUCGCCAAAAAUUUCGCAACCAUAUUGGUGUGCCGUUUCCUCGCAGGAACUUUUGGCGCUCCAGCUGUAGCUGUCGGUGCUGGGACGAUAGCAGACAUCUGGAACCUCCAACGCGGAGCUGGAGGUCUUGCCACCAUACUCUUCGUUUUAGCGCCAUUUGCGGGUUCGGCAAUUGGUCCCCUCAUUGGCGGCUAUACUAUUGACACGAGGAAAGAUUGGCAAUGGCUCAUGUGGGUUCUGAUCCUGGUGGCAGGGCCCGUGUGGUUGAUGGCUCUCGUCGUCAGUGAAACAUCGAAAAAGGAAUUGCUCCGCCGUCGAGCGAUUGCGCGAGGUCAUACACCACCACCAAAACCACCAACUACAGCUUUCUUAAAGGCUCUGUUUGUCAUAACGCUUUUUCGCCCAUUGAGAAUGCUGAUUAUAGAGCCUAUUGUGAGCUCUUUAUCCUUGUACGUGUCGUUUGUUUUCGGCGUCAUGUUUGCCUUCUUCGAUGCUUACCCGUAUGUUUUUCAAUCUGUCUACGCAUUUAGUCUCGGUCAAGUUGGUUUGGCAUUCGUGAGCAUUGUCAUUGGGUUUUUGUUCGCAGCCCUCACUUCAAUUGUAAUCAAUAAGACCUUGUUUGAAAAAUCCAGGAAGGAAGCUGGGCCUGGAAUACUACCUCCGCCGGAGAAGAGGCUCUAUGUUUCCAUGGUUGGAUCUGUUGGCAUUCCAGUAUCUCUGUUUUGGUUCGCCUGGACCGCGAAAGCCUCUAUUCAUUGGAUCGUUCCCAUUCUUGCAGGGAUACCCUUUGGCUGGGGCAAUGUCUGUCUAUUUCUCGGCACCACCACCUAUUUAAUCGAUACGUAUAAAGCACAGUAUUCCGCCUCUGCACUAGCUGCUAAUGGUCUCUUGCGCUAUACAUUCGGUGCUAUCUUCCCCCUUUUCACUUUUCAAAUGUACUCAAGACUCGGUAUUGCUUGGGCUGGCAGCCUCUUGGGGUUCAUUAGUAUCUUACUUCUCCCCAUUCCUUGGGUGUUAUACAAGUGGGGCUCCAAUCUGCGCAGCAGAAGCUCGUACAAGGUGUGA